UCUCUCUCUCUCUCUCUAAACAGCAAUAUUCUGGUUGGAGUGCAAUUGAAGUUGAAGGUAGUCAGUCAUGGAGGUCAAGAAACCAGACGACUACCAAAAAAGCAGCACUGAUCAUCUGGUCCUCGACAUCGACCAGCCAAAUUCCAAGAAUAUCAAACAAUCUUUCCAGACAGACUCCGAUGAUCCAGUCUCCCAAUGCCAAGCAAGACCCAAGAUCCUCAGACGCCUAAACUUUUCCAAACCCAAGUCCCGGUUUGAGGAGAUCAACUACCCCCUCCCACCACGAACCAUCCUUGAAUCCGACGAACUCCAACCAUUAAACACCCACGAAAACUUAUCGUCGACGGACGAAGACGACGACGACGACGACGACUGGUAUGGAAACGAGGAAGAAAACGGGGAAGAUGAAACACAAGGCAAGGACAGAAAGAAAAAGAAAAGAAAGAUCAACAAGAGGGUGAUUGAAUGGAUAUUGUUCUUCUUUAUAAUGACUUGCCUGGUUUGCUCUCUCACCCUAAACUCCGUCAAAAACAAGAAGAAAUGGGGUUUGGAGAUAUGGAAAUGGUGCCUGAUGGUCAUGGUCAUCUUCUGCGGACGCCUUGUCUCCGGAUGGGUGGUCGGUUUUCUCGCCUUCCUCAUCGAGCGCAACUUCAUGCUCAGAGAAAAGGUCCUAUAUUUUGUCUACGGUUUGCGCAAGAGCUUCCGAAACUGUGUUUGGCUAGGCCUAGUUUUAGUAGCAUGGAUGAUCAUGUUCCCUAACGUUCAAGAACACAACAAGUUUCUCAAGAAAGUGUUACGGGCUCUAAUCGCCGUGCUCAUCGGUGCAACCAUCUGGCUGCUAAAGAUCUUAUUCGUAAAGGUCCUGGCCUCGUCCUUCCAUGUUGCUACGUUCUUCGAUCGCAUGAAAGAAAGCGUUUUCCACCAUUACAUAUUGGAAACGCUUUCUGGGCCGCCUCUGGACGAGGACGAGAGGGUACUGCCCCAACGUCGCCGUCUGCAGGCAUCAAAGACCCUGCCGGCGCGGAAGAUCGACAUGGAGAGGCUGAGGAAGCUUAGCUUGGAGGGCAGGCCGACGGCGUGGAGCAUGAAGAGGCUGGUGAGCCACGUGAUGUCUUCAGGAUUGUCGACCAUUUCUAGAACUGUUGAUGAUUUUGGGAAGGCUGAGUCGGAGAUUACCAGUGAAAGGGAGGCGAGGAACUGUGCUAAGAGGAUAUUCAAGAACAUUGCUGCAAAGCCUGGUGCCAAAUAUAUAAAAGAGGAAGAUUUACUGAGGUUUUUGCAUAGCGAGGAGGUUAACACUAUAUUUCCACUGUUUCAAGGAGCAGUCGACGCUGAAAGAAUCACGAAGUCUUCAUUCAGAAACUGGGUGGUCCAUGCCUACAUUGAACGGAAAGCUUUAGCCCACUCCCUGAAUGAUACAAAGACGGCUGUCCAGCAACUACACAAGUUGGCAAGCGCAGUGGUUGUUGUGAUUAUCACUGUGGUAUCUCUACUGGUAAUGGGUUUGGCCACAACCAAGGUUAUAUUUGUUGUUACAUCUCAGCUACUGCUCGUGGUGUUCAUGUUCCAAAACAUGUGCAAAACUAUGUUUAAGUCUAUCAUUUUUGUGUUCGUGAUGCACCCUUUCGACGUCGGUGAUCGUUGUGUUGUUGAAGGCGUACAAAUGAUUGUUGAAGAGAUGAAUAUUCUGACGAUAGUGUUUUUACGAUAUGAUAAUGAGAAAAUAUAUUACCCAAAUGCUGUUCUUCUCACAAAGCCAAUCAGCAAUUUCAGAAGAAGUCCAGACAUGGCAGAUUGUAUUGAUUUCAGCAUUGAUGUGUCGACGCCUGCUGAUGAUAUUACUGCCCUUAAGAAGGCCAUACAAUCAUAUAUUGAGAGUAAGCCGAAGCAUUGGAGCCCAAAACAUUCAGUACUGGUCAAGGAGAUCAUCGAGAAUGUCAACAAGAUCAUGAAGAUGUCUCUAUGCGUUCAACACACCAUGAACCAUCAGAAUUAUGGGGAAAAGAAUAGUCGAAGAUCAGAGCUAGUCUUGGAAUUAAAGAGGAUUUUUGAAAUCCUUAGAAUACGAUACCACCUACUUCCUCAAGAGAUAAAUGUUACACAAUUCAACGUUACCAACGGGAGAAUGUCGUUUCCGUUCUCCUAGACAUAUAUACGUUCCUCUUUAUAGUGUUGUCCUUGGCCAGUUCUAGUCUCCCAUUCUCCUUCUUCCCUUCCAUUUCCUCAGAGAACUUAAAGCUCCCAAAGAGUUUUAUACUCUGUAGUCUUAAAGAUGUGAUAUUCUACUAUCUCACAAAAAAAUUACACGAUAUUUAUGCAUGUGGAUUUUUUAGGUU